UUUAUAUUAUCUCUCAGUGUCCGAAGAUGAGAGGAAUACUAUUGAUAAUUGUACUCCAGGUGGCAGCAGGGUCAGCUCAAGACGAUUUAGCAUCGUGGGGAAACCAUGGUUUCGAAGUUUACAGGACAAAAACAUGGCAGGAUGGGGACAAUUUAAUCCUUGGCUGCAUUCAUCAGGAAUGGUUGAUGAGGGAGAGCUGUGAUUGGACCGUCACACUAUCUGAUAACUCUGUAGCCACCUACACAACCUUUCCUAAUGGUUCCGUUUUCCAGGAUGGAGAACUGGUGGAGUCUGUACAAGGAUAUGAUCUAGAAAAAUGGAAUUCUACUUGUGCAAUCCAAAUUCAAAACUUUCAAUUAGAGUUAUUCGGAGAGGAGUGGAACUGUCUACUCAAGUUUUCAAAUCCUAUUUUUGAAAAUCAACCUUUAUCUACACACAUUCAAGGGGUACUGCACCUUGAGGAUGAUUUGAGAACAGACCUGGAGCAAGAAAUAGUUCCAACCCACUACACUCUCAGUUUACGUCCUGAUUAUUUAUCUACCUUAUCAAACAUAGAGUAUACUGGAGCAAUCACAAUGGAUUUUAUAAAUGAGGAGGAUAGAUCUGAAUUUAUAUAUUUCCACGUGGAUGGUCUAGACCUAACUUCUGCCACCAUUACCAACUCAGAUGGAGAUGAAGAUCUGUCAAUUGACACCCUUCUAUUUGACUUCCAAAAAAGUACAGCUGGUGUAAAAUCAGACAGGAUUUUGCUUAAAUCAGCAGAGUACAGCCUUCAAAUGAAUUUCUUUGCAAAUCUCUCAAGAGGAGAUUAUUCAGCGUAUGGUUUGUAUAAAACAAAGUGUAGAGAAGGAGAAGAGAAGUAUUGCUGGUUUACCCAGUUUGAAUCAACAUCCGCAAGAAAUGCAUUUCCAUGCAUAGAUAAUCCUGAUUACAAGGCAACUUUUGACAUUUCGGUGGAUUUCCUGGAAGGAUGGAAUGUGCUUUCAAAUAUGCCUAGCUUAGGAACGGUUGAUGUUGAUGAGGAUUGGAAAAGAGAGAUAUUCCAAACAACGGUUCCAAUGUCAACCUACUUAAUUGCAUUCUCAAUUUCAGAUUUUAUUGGAAUCUCUAGCAAUGAUGACAGAUUUCUAACAGUAUGGUCUGACCGCCAGGAUAUAGAGAAGGGUCUGGGAAAUUACUCUGCUGACCUUGGGAUGCAAGCUUUGGAACUUUAUGAAAACUUGUUCAAUUCAUUUUAUCCAUUACCUAAGAUGGAUAUGGUUUCUGUCCCUGGGAAGGGUGGUGCUAUGGAAAACUGGGGUUUGGUUUUGUACAGUCCUGAUACUAUCCUGUAUGAUCAAGAGGAAGCAGACCUUGAGAGACAUUGGAGAGUAACAGAAGUAGUUCUCCAUGAGUUAGCGCAUCAAUGGUUUGGGAACCUGGUCACAAUGAAGUCCUGGAGUCAGACCUGGUUAAAUGAAGGGUUUGCAACCUAUGUUUCCCAUCUAGGAGGAGAUAUACUUACCCCUGAUUUAAACUCCUGGGGUAGAUUUGUAGCGCAUAGGAUGCUGGUUGUUAUGCAAGAAGAUGAGAACCCGGAGUUAAGCUGGGCUCUAUCCGACGAUUAUGUCUCUAGGGGGGAUAUUCAACGCAAGUUUGGAGGAAUAACUUAUCACAAAGGAGGAAGUAUAAUUAGAAUGAUGGAGUUUAUUUUAACCCGAGAUACGCUGAUAAAAGGACUUUCUGAUUACCUUGGGAAGAUGGCGUUCAAGAAUUCAAUUGAGGAAGAUCUAUUCUCAUCUUUAGAGGCUGCUGGUUUGGAGGACGGUACCUGGCCUCAAGCUGGGUUAUCCUCUUUUACGGAGGUUAUGAAGUCCUGGACAAAUACUGCCGGGUUUCCUCUGGUUACUGCUGAAUACAACCAGGAGACAGGUAUUCUUAAUCUCAAGCAGAAGUGGUAUAACACAGACGGAGCAACUGAUUCGUCCAAAAUUUGGCCGAUUCCUAUCUCUAUCCGAGUUGGUCCGGAUACAGAUUAUUCUCUCUGGUUGAAGAAUACAGACUCUAACUUUGAGAUUGAUGUUCCUAUAGGAUAUACUUAUAUUCUUAACCAUCAAGCUGCAGGGUUCUUUAGAGUAAACUAUGAUUCUGAGAACUGGAGAAUAAUCGGUGAAGUUUUGAGAAUUGAACGCGACAUUAUUCACCCUUUCUCCAGAGCACAAAUAAUCUGUGACGUCAUCAGUUUCCUGAACACAGGAAAUAUAUCACAGGAGAUAGCGGAUUUUGUGCUCGGGUACAUAGACGUGGAGGAUGAUAGCACUGUACUGCUGGCGUACAAGGAGUGUAGUACACCUGCAGCUGACAGGGAUCAUGCACAAAUGGAAAAAAUAUAAAAUAUGUUUUUUUAUUUGUUGAAAUUAAAAUAAAAAAUGUUAUAGGUAAC